AUGUCAAGUUCUGUAUAUUAUCUAUCAAUUGUUCAACAAAUUUUAACACGAUAUGGUAUGAGUAGCUAUGUUGCAUUUGGAAAUCUUGGUAAUUUAUUAACAAUAGCUGUUUUUUGUCAAAGUGAACAACGUAAAAAUCCUUGUUCAUAUUAUUUAUUAUCAAUGACAAUAUGUAAUUUAAUUUGUCUUAAUGUUGGAAUUCUUCCAAUAAUAUAUUCAUUAGAUCAUAUUGAUAUAAGUAGUAAAUAUCAAAUUGUUUGUAAAAUUCAAUUUUAUAUUCGACAUGCUUUUUUUCAAAUAAUGCGUACAUAUAAAGUUCUUGCAUGUAUUGAUCGUUAUGCUAUUUGUAGUAUUAAUGUUCGCAUUCGUUCAUUUAGCAAACGUAAAGUGGCUAUUUAUUUAAUAAUAGGUUGUGCUUUAUUUUGGUUAACAGCAGUUAUAUUUUUUGGUUGGGCCCGAACAAUUGAAAAUGGUUCAUGUAAUAUAUAUAAUGAUAUUUAUUCAAUGAUUUAUACAAUUUAUUAUAUGAUAACUGCUGGAAUUCUUCCUCCAACAUUAAUAAUAAUAUUUACUCUAUUAGCUAUGAAAAGUUUAAAACAAUUACGAAGUCGUGUUCAACCAAUAAGAGAAGAUCGAGAAAAUAAACAAUCAAUUAAUAUAGUUCAAAAACGUGAUAGAGAUUUAAUAAAUAUGGUUUUUAUUGAAGUUAUGUUUUAUGUUAUGAGCACAAUGCCAUUUUCAAUUUAUCUUAUUUAUAAAAUGGUGACAGAUGAUUUAAUAAAAAGUCGAGAACGAAAACAAAUUGAAUCAUUUAUUAAUUAUAUUCUACAAUCAUUUAUUAUGUAUUUAAAUACAGCUUUACCAUUUUAUAUUUAUAUUUCAACAUCAUCUUCAUUUAGACGAGAAUUGAAAAGAAUUUUUAUUAAAUUUUAUGCUUUUAUUAUGAGAAAAAAAAUAAGAUAUGAAAAUAAUAAUUCUACUCGAACAAUGAUUAUAUGUUAG